AUGGAAAUUUCCAAAGUGAGUAUUAAUUCCAUUAUGCAACAAAGAUCUGAUACUAAUACUUCUCAAGAUAACUCAAUAACUUUUGAUGAUUUACAAUUCUUAGAUUCAUCUAUACUAAAAGACAUUGGAAUUCAUAAAAUAGGUGAUCGAUUAAAAUUAGAUAUUGGUAUUAAAUCAAUAAAAAAUUCAAAUUUAAUAAAUUUAAUAAAACCUGAUGAAAUAUUUAAUGAAAUUAUAUCGAAAAAUCCACCAAAAAGAUCAAUUUCAAUACCAACUUUAAUUUCAAAUAAUCAUAAUUCUGAAUUUAAAUUAGAUCCACCUCCUUUAAAAAAUGAAAAAUCCCUUGUUUCAUUCAUUUUACAAAAUGGUAGUACAGUUAAAAUUAAUGUUAGUGGUUGUUUUAAUGCAAUUUCAAUAAAGAAAAAAUUAAUUAAAUUCUUAGAUUUACCAAACAAGACACCAAGUUUUUAUGAUUCUUAUUUAACUGAUAUAAAUGGUAAUUUACAUUUAUUAUUUGAUGUUGAAUUAGUUACAAUAUGUCAUUCAAAUGAUCGUAUUGAAAAAUCAAGAAUAUUAUUUUGUCCAAAAAAUGAAACUCCCUCGUCAGAUGCUAUAGAAGUUUCCAAGAGAUAUAUAUCUCGUGAACCUAAAAAUUUGGAUAAAUUUGAAUCCCUUGAGGUUGAUCAAUCACAAGAUAAACAAUUUAGAAGUAUUUUUGGACAAAGACCUUCAAGUCAAUUAAUUUCAACAAAUAUUUCACAAUAUUUCCCUGAAACUAAUCAAACUAAAUUACAACAAACUAUAAGGAAUUCUGUUAGAUAUUCUAUAAGAAUGUCCACAAUAGGAGGUGGUGGCGGUCAAAGAAAAUCUACAGUGGGGGAUAUACUUGUUGGUAAUAAUAAUCAAAUUGAUCGUGCAAGAUUUUCAACCCUUGGUGGCUCAAAUUCAAAUAUUGGAACUAUGGAUUCCCUUAAUUUACAAUCUUCAAUGGAUAAACCAAAACAAAGAUUUUCAUUAGCAAGUUCUAUAGAUAGUGAUCGUACUUCUAAAAUUGAAUUAUUUAAUCCAGAUUCUGAUAGUGAUGAAGAUGAUCAAGAUUCAACACAUCCAGAUUAUAUAACUCAAACUUUAAAUAAUGUUGAUUUAUCAUCAGGUCCAACAAAUUGGUUAAAAGGUGCAAGAAUUGGGUCUGGUAGUUUUGGUACUGUUUAUUUGGGUAUGAAUUCAAUGACUGGUGAAUUAAUGGCUGUUAAACAAGUUGAAUUAAGACCAAUUUUAUCAGAUGAAUCACAAAGUGGUGGUGGUAAUGGUGGUAAUGGACAGAAUAAUGGACAAAAUAAUGAUAAUGAACUUCAUCAAAAAGUUAUUGAAGCUUUACAACAUGAAAUGACAUUAUUAAAAGAAUUACAUCAUGAAAAUAUUGUUACUUACUUGGGUUCAAGUUCUGAUGAUGUUCACCUAAAUAUUUUUUUGGAAUAUGUUCCUGGUGGAUCCCUAAAUACAAUGUUGACAAAUUAUGGACCAUUUGAAGAACCAUUAAUUAGAAAUUUUACAAGACAAAUCCUAAUAGGUAUAAAUUAUUUACAUUCUAAAAAUAUUAUACAUAGAGAUAUAAAAGGUGCAAAUAUCCUAAUUGAUAUAAAAGGUGAAGUUAAAAUAUCAGAUUUUGGUAUUUCUAAAAAAUUAAAUCCAUCAAAUAAUAACAUUGCUAAAAGAGCUUCAUUACAAGGUUCAGUUUAUUGGAUGGCACCCGAGGUGGUGAAACAAAUAGCAACAACUUCCAAAGCAGAUAUUUGGUCAGUUGGUUGUUUAAUUGUAGAGAUGUUUACAGGUAAACAUCCAUUCCCAAAUUUUAGUCAAAUGCAAGCAAUUUUUAAAAUUGGUACUCAUAAUACUCCAGAGAUUCCCAAAUGGUGUACCCAAGAGGCUAGGGAUUUUCAAGAACAAUGUUUUAUAUUGGAUUAUACCAAAAGACCUGGUGCUUCUGAGUUAUUGAAUCAUAAGUUUUUAACUUCUUUGAUUGGAAAGUGA